AAUAUUAAAUGGUGUUUCCAAGAACGCUCGAGACAAACCUUCGCCAACUUCCUCAACACCAGAGUCAUCUUUAUUAGCCGAUCCAGUUAAAGAACAGCCUUCAGGGAACUAGCCACAGAUGCAGUUAUCCAGAAAGCCAAGGAAUUGAAGAAGCACCGGCAAGCACUCCCAAUUUACACAGCCCGUGACAUUAUCAUCAAAGAGGUCAAAGAAAAUGCGUGUGUUGUCAUUGUCGGUGAAACUGGAUCCGGCAAAACAACACAGAUUCCUCAGUACCUACUUGAAGCCGGGAUGGCAGCUCACGGAACUAUUGCUGUUACACAGCCGCGUCGUGUGGCUGCCAUCAACCUUGCGAAACGUGUUGCAGAAGAAGUCGGGACCCCGAUAGGUCAGAAAGUUGGUUAUAGCAUUCGAUUCGAUGACGCUUCAUCUAGAGAUUCAUUGAUCAAGUACAUGACAGACGGCAUCAUGCUGCGUGAAUUGCUUUCAGAUCGAUUAUUGCUUCGGUACUCUGUCAUCAUUCUGGAUGAGGCUCAUGAAAGGACUCUAAGGACAGAUAUUCUAUUUGGUAUGGUCAAGUCCAUUCAAAAACAGAGGCAAGACAUGAUCGAGCAAGGAAGGAGAGAUGUUCAACCUCUUAAAAUCGUGGUCAUGAGCGCAACUUUGGAUGCAGAGAAGUUUUCGGAGUACUUUUACAAUGCAAAGAUCAUGUACAUUUCUGGACGCAUGUACCCGGUCAAGAUCCUAAAUACAGUUGAACCUCAAUCCGACUACGUUGAUUCUGCACUCGUCACUGCCUUCCAAAUCCAUCAAGAAGAAGCCCCUGGUGAUAUUCUUAUUUUUUUGACAGGACAAGAAGAAAUUGAAAAUCUUGAGAAGUUGAUCGAAGAAUAUGCAACUGAUCUCCCACCACAUGUCGGCAAACUUAUUCCCUGCCCUAUUUUCGCUGCACAGGAUUCGACAACGCAGCAGCGUAUUUUUGAACCCGCACCUCCAGGAACACGUAAAGUUAUUUUGGCUACCAAUAUUGCAGAAACAUCUAUUACAAUUCCCAACAUUCGCUAUGUAAUCGAUACGGGAUGUCAUAAGUCUCGUGGAUACAACGCCAAAAUUGGAAUAGAAUCACUCUUGGUAGAACCCAUCUCCAAAUCAUCUGCAAGGCAGCGGAUGGGCCGUGCAGGUCGUGAGGCGCCAGGAAUCUGUUUCCGUCUGUAUACAGAGGACGCAUUUGAUGAACUGGAAGAGGACGCUGUCCCAGAGAUUAAGCGAUGUAAUCUGGAAUCUGCUAUUCUAUCACUUAAGGCAACUGGUAUUGAUGAUGUGACGGGGUUCGAUUUUAUGGAUCGGCCACCCAAGUCAGGAAUGCUGAGGUCAUUAGAGCAUUUGUAUGCACUUGAAGCACUCGAUGAUGAAGGCAAACUCACAGAAAUCGGCAAGAAGAUGGCUGCAUUCCCAGUGGACCCACCCUACGCCAAGGUCCUUCUCCAGUCUGAGAAAAUGGAAUGCACGAAGGAAGCUAUUGAAAUUAUCUCCUUGCUCUCUGUCGACAGUAUUUUUUCGUCCCCAUCAGCCAAGCGUGAAGAAGCGAAUGAGGCCCGUCAAAAGUUUGUCUCGCUUGAUGGUGAUCAUCUAACGCUUCUGAACACUCUUCGAGCUUACGAGUCUGUCAAAGGCGAUCGAGACUGGUGCCGUGAAAAUUUUAUAAAUUCUCGUCAUAUGCGUCAUGUCAUAGAUGUACGUAAGCAGCUUAUUCAGUUCUGUGAGCGAUCUGGGAUGGAUCCUAAGAGGACUUGUGGACAAGAUUUAGAGAUCGUUCUCAAGUGUUUCCUGGCUGGAUUCUUUCAAAACACAGCAUUAUUACAACCAGACGGAACAUACAAGAGUGUCAUUGGAGGACAAACCGUCAGCAUACACCCAUCAAGUUCAUUGUUUGGAAAGAAAAGAGAAGCGAUCAUGUACAAUGAGCUUGUCUUUACUACAAAGCAUUAUAUUCGAGGAGUUAGUGCGCUUGAAAGUGCAUGGUUGUCACAGGCUGCACCAAAAUACUUUGGACGACGGCAGGCAUAAUAAAUAAUUAAUGCAUGGGCAAUUGAUUUAAUCAAAAACGUAG